AUGGCCGGUCUGGAUGGUUACCCGGGAAACCAUCUGGGCGGUGCUUGGCGUUCACCAGAGGCGGAGCGUGAUGGCCUUGGCGGCCAUUAUGGUCCUCCACUCCGAGAGAUAUCGCCACCUGGUGAGCGUCCCCUGAAACCAGGGAUUCUCGUAGAGUACGACGACGUGGAAUGGCAAAGGAGGGAGUGGCUGUCACCACAUAGGGAUGCCGUAUUUUCCUUCUUUCUCAUUGAAAGAGGUCUCUACUGGGCUGAACGACCUGACCCCAGGCACGCCAGUCUCAUCCCCAUCGAUCAUCAUAAUCACGCGAACAAUAACCACCAUCAGCACCGCAUUAACGGGAAACCGCUCAGGGGCGCCACGGCGAUCGCCGACACUGUUGCUUGGCCAGCUCUUACUUUUUAUCCUCUCGUGGCACGCGCUGAAUUGCACGAGGACGCCAUGCCGAUCGAAUUUAUGCAAGAUCGCAAACUGGACUUCGUCGACUAUUCCAAGUUAAAGCCGUUCACUCAGGACUGGGAGCUGACUAAGGGCGCAAUGCCCUGGGGAAACGCCGUUAGAAGAUGGGCCGAGAUGCAGGAUGGUCAGAGGAUUCUGUUGACUACGCCCAGCGUCCUGGUCGGUUUCAGGGUCGAAGUUUAUCGGGCGGAAGGCACUACACAGUGGUACACAGCCGUGAUCGUCGGUUACAACGAGUCCACUAAAGAUUUGACUGUCACCGACGAUACAGUCCUUGAAGAACACAACGAGGAUCCGACAUUAGUACAAAUGCGGCUGAUUGGCGACGGAGUCGUCGAGAGCAUCAUGAGGGGCGAGGUCGUCGGCAUGACACCAAGGAGGUCGAGGUCAUCGACUGCUCUGACGCACGCGCUCGUUGUGCCACGACCCGGAAGAAGGCCUCGAAGACGACCAGGAAACGCAGCACAGUUGCAGACUACUCCGAGGGUACAAAGCCCGAUAUCACAGCAGCUCGAAAAAGAGAAGAACAAUGCCCGUAACAAUCGACGUCGACGCGUGAGCGAAGGUGCCAGUCGCGAGAGAAACGAAAAAGAUUCAGCGGAAUCCACACGGCAACAAGAGGAUCGUGAAAAUAAAGGUCCACCGGCUAGCAAAGUAAGCAAUCGUGUUGCACGGCCGGUGUUAGAAGAAGCAAACAGUGCAUCGGGAAGUGCUUCGAAACUACGACGACGUGGCGCCGCGGUAAAGAGUCCGACCACCGACCAGGGGCCGGCACAGCAUCAGAGACCGGCACGAAGAAGACCGAGGCCAGGAGGAGGUGGUCAAGAAGUCAAGACAGACACAGAGGUAGAGUCUGUCGAGCAUCAUCAUCGCACCGGUGCCAGAGUCGACAAGGACGAACGCCUCGGUAACAAAUCGGAAGAAGAGGAGGAGGAAGAGGAAGAGGAGGAAGAACGUCUCGAGGGGGAGGAUGAAGAGAGUCAGGAACGCUGCGAUCCACUGACUAAGCGGCUAAGAACAAGCCCCGUCGGCAGAAAGCUCCGAUCCGAGAGUAGUAAGAGCAAAAACGCUGAGGAAGCUGUAGCGGAUCGGACCAGAAGAUCGGUGGUGGAAGCAGAGGGAGAAGACGAGGAGGAAGACCACGACGAGGACGACGUUGAGGAGGAAGCGGGGGCGGAAAAACACGACGGAGCCGAACGAGAGAUUGGUAAACUUGAAGAGGACGAGGAGAGUCAGUCCAGAGAACGGGAUAGAGAACCCGAGCCACCACCUCCGGACAAAGUCGAUCCCGGAGGCGAUCCGGCUACCAAGGAGGAGCAGCAACCAGAUAACAAAUCAGAAUCGAGAAAGGACGCUCGCGCGACCGAUUGGGACGCAGAUAAGAUCAGCGAAAGUCAGGAACAACAACGACACCAACAGCAACAGCCACCGCAGUUACUCGUGAAUGGAUUGCAUGUUGAUUCGCCGCUGGUCAGCGAUAAGACAAAUGCCAUCCGCGAGGGCAGUCCGUCGGUGCUAAAGUCAACUCGAUCAAAGACAAAAAAUUUUGUGGAAGAAGCUAGAGAGGACGUAGCGGCGGCGGCGGCGGCGGCGGCGGCGGCGGCGGCGGCGGCGGCAGUAGAGAACGAGCGCGACGAAAACGCGAGUGAAGAAGAAGUGAGCUCGCAGCGAUCGCGACGCACAGAGCUGACCAUCACCGAGUUAGGCACGGAGGAUAGCGUGGGUAGCGUCGGUGGCGUUAGGGCGGCCAGCGUCGAAUCGGUCGUCGAGCUGCUGGAGUCGAGCAGUCAGGACUCAGGCUCCGUGCUGGAGAGGCUGAGUCCGUUUAGUAGCAGCGGCGGCGGCGGCCCCGGCAGGCAGAGCAGCCUGCUCCUGGAACAGCAGCGGGAGCAGGAGCGCAAUCGGCACAACGAGAGCCCGAUCAUCCUUGCCGAGAGACUGAACAAGCCGCCACCGCCGAUCGCCGGUCACCAUCACCACCCUCACAUACAAUCCUAUCAUCAGCCGCAUCAUCAGCAACAACAGUUCCAUCAUCACCAUCAACAGCAUCACCAACAGCGUUAUUCCGCCAAUAGUCCGGUGAUCCAUCACCAUCACCAGCAGCAACAGCAGCAGCAACAACAGCCACCGUCGCAACAUCAUCAUUAUCAGCUAGCGAGCAGCCCGCACCAACAUCAUCACCAUUCCACCGCUCGCCUGACCCCGUCGAGCCUCCUCGAGGUGCAACAGCAGUCUCACACAUCGAGGGGUGGCGAUGAGGCCGGCCUCAUGGAAGUGGAGGCCGGGGCCGGUAUACCUGGAACGGGCGUCCUCGUCGGUGUGCCUACGGCGGUCGGUGGCAUACGGUCGUCGGGAGGCAGCAGCGGCGCCGUUGGUGUCGCUACUUACGGCGACAGCGGUUCCGACAGCGGGGUAAGCUCGCUCAAGAGCGCCAGUUCUGGCGACGAGAGGAGCGGCAGCAGGAGCUCGGCGCUUAGCGUCGAGGAGACAACAUCAUCCUCGACGCCGCUAGCCCCCGUCGUUGCCACUGCCGCCGCUGCCCCGGCCAGAAUUUGGCACGUCCAGAGCGUGCAACACACGUCCCUAUUAAUGGCGCAUCCGUCUCAGGGCGCGCCCAACGCCGGCGCUAGUGCCGCAGCCACGGCGCCGCCGGUCGGCUACCACAAUCCACCUCCUCCGAGUCACCAUGCUGCCGAGAUGCUCUGGAGGCCGUCCAGGGCCUACCCGCCGCUCUCGCACACACUUUUAGGCCCACAACCAUCCAGUCCCGAGGAACUGCUCGAGAGAGACCGCCAUGAUAGAAUGCUACGGUGA